AAAAAAGCCAGCAACUACUGUUUACAACAAGAAAGACUACUGUGUACAUCAAGCCGAUAUGGAUUUUAGUCUUGGCAUUUUUAGGGUCAUGCCAAGGGUAUUGUUAGCCUGUCCCCAAAAGACAGCUGGGGAAGGGAACUUAGGCUUGAUUCUAUGCUAAAGUAGCAUAUAGAUUUUUGCAGACAUUUGUGUUUUCUUUGUUUUCAGUUUUAUAGUUUCUACAGAAAUGCGAGGCUCUACCAGAAAUGGCCUUUGGUCACUUGUAGGCUAGUCAGUAUAAUAAGUUUGUGAUGCAAUUCCUUUUUUAAUUACUAACAAGCAUGGAGUGAGCAAUGAAAGUGAAUUGACAUUUUCCCACUUGGUGGCAGACAAAGUCUGGGGUUGUUUACCAAAAUUGCCAUAUUGAUUAGAUUACAAGUGGACAGUGAAGGGAACAAAUCAUGAAAUUUCAAGUGCAGUAUGGGAAACACAGGAGUCCAGCUGAAUGAAGGAUAUGUCCUUUUCUCUUUGUCUUUUGCUAGACAACUUUCUGAUGCAGAUUUGGAUUGUAUUCCUCAUUGCAUAGACAAACACCUGAGCGUAAAGGAUAGGAUCGUUGUUUCUUUCCAGGCUUUCAGAAUGGCAGGUACCAAUCUUGUGUAAGUGGGUAUGUGGAUACCUACCUACCCUAGCUUAGAAUAUUUGUAACAUAUACUACUAAAUGUAUGAAUGACAAUAGUGUGUAUUUCCAUUUUCAAAUGCAUCAUUCAAACAGUAAUGAGUUUCUAGUUGGUACAACAUGGUGUAGUAUGUGAGAGAAGUGUGGAAGUAAAGAAUAGCACCCCAAGAACCUGAAGUGAUUAGUGACUGCUCAGAGUAUUCUGUCAAUGUGUGGCAAGAAGUUAUGAAAUGGAAUGGAUGGGGAUAUAAUGAUUCUAAAUUCAUCUUCAAUAAGAAGGGCCAAAUUGAGUUGACUGGGAAAAGGUACCCUCUUAGUGGCAUGGGUUUACCAACUUUUAAAGAAUGGAUCCAAAAUACCCUUGGAGUAAAUGUGGAGCAUAAAACUACCUCUAAAGCAUCCUUAAAUCCUAGUGAUACACCUCCUUCUGUUGUAAAUGAAGAUUUUCUUCAUGACCUUAGAGAAACUAAUAUUUCAUAUUCACAAGAGGCAGAUGAUCGAGUAUUUAGAGCUCAUGGUCAUUGUCUUCAUGAGAUAUUUUUGCUCAGGGAAGGAAUGUUUGAACGAAUUCCUGAUAUAGUUUUAUGGCCAACAUGCCAUGAUGAUGUAGUUAAGAUUGUGAAUCUAGCAUGCAAAUAUAACCUUUGUAUCAUACCAAUUGGUGGAGGAACAAGUGUUUCAUAUGGCCUGAUGUGUCCUGCAGAUGAGACAAGAACAAUUAUUUCUUUGGACACUUCACAAAUGAAUCGAAUUCUCUGGGUUGAUGAGAACAAUUUGACAGCUCAUGUAGAGGCUGGCAUAACAGGACAAGAGUUGGAAAGACAGCUUAAAGAAAGUGGUUAUUGUACAGGUCAUGAACCAGAUUCUCUGGAGUUCAGUACUGUAGGAGGAUGGGUAUCUACUCGGGCAUCAGGCAUGAAGAAGAAUAUCUAUGGCAAUAUCGAGGACCUGGUGGUUCAUAUAAAAAUGGUAACACCUAGAGGUAUAAUAGAAAAAAGCUGUCAAGGACCUCGUAUGUCAACAGGCCCUGAUAUCCAUCACUUCAUCAUGGGAUCUGAAGGAACUCUUGGUGUAAUAACAGAAGCUACAAUAAAAAUCAGACCAGUUCCUGAAUACCAAAAGUAUGGCUCGGUAGCUUUCCCUAAUUUUGAACAAGGAGUGGCCUGUUUAAGAGAAAUUGCAAAACAGAGGUGUGCUCCAGCAUCUAUUCGCCUCAUGGACAAUAAGCAGUUUCAGUUUGGUCAUGCUCUUAAACCUCAGGUUUCCUCUAUUUUUACAUCAUUUUUGGAUGGAUUAAAAAAGUUUUAUAUUACAAAGUUUAAAGGAUUUGACCCAAAUCAACUAAGUGUAGCCACAUUACUGUUUGAGGGGGACCGUGAGAAGGUUCUUCAACAUGAAAAACAAGUGUAUGACAUUGCUGCAAAAUUUGGUGGAUUGGCAGCUGGAGAAGAUAAUGGACAGAGAGGUUAUUUGCUGACCUAUGUCAUUGCAUACAUUCGAGACUUGGCUUUGGAAUACUAUGUAUUAGGAGAAUCUUUUGAGACUUCUGCUCCUUGGGACAGGGUUGUAGAUCUCUGUAGAAAUGUAAAAGAAAGAAUAACAAGGGAAUGCAAAGAGAAGGGUGUUCAGUUUGCUCCUUUUUCUACAUGCAGGGUGACGCAGACUUAUGAUGCAGGUGCAUGUAUCUACUUCUAUUUUGCCUUUAACUACAGGGGAAUUAGUGACCCACUGACCGUGUUUGAACAAACUGAGGCAGCUGCUAGAGAAGAAAUCCUUGCUAAUGGAGGAAGCCUGUCACAUCACCAUGGAGUGGGCAAGUUACGGAAGCAAUGGCUAAAGGAAAGUAUCUCUGAUGUCGGCUUUGGGAUGCUGAAGUCUGUCAAGGAAUAUGUGGACCCCAAUAACAUCUUUGGAAACAGAAACCUUUUAUAAAUCCAUUAGUAUCAUUACAAAAAAUAUCACUGUUUUUUUAAGUUUUCAACUGUGGUUAUACCAGUAAUCAGAUAUAUCAUGGACUAUAUUUUGGAUACGUUUGUUUGUUGGUUUAAAAUAAGUUUGUUUCAUUCUGUAGCUUGUUUUGUUUCUACAUCUAUGGAUUGACAGAUGGUAUUCCUAAAUCUCUCUCAUUGUAGGUAUGUCAUUUUACAGCCAACUGGUUGUCAUUUUAGAUUUUAGGCAGCACAAGGCUGCCAGUUAUUCCAGAGGAAGCUGCUGCCAGCUGUUUUGUACUGAUGCUUCCUCUUGGGGGACAAAGGCAGAUUUUGGUAUCAGUGAUUGCUCAGCUAGCCUCUUUUUAAAAGAACGUUUCUGGGAAGCAGAUGUCUAGGGAAUGAUUCCACUGAGGAGUGAUACACAUGUCCAUUGUUUAAGAGCAUAUUCUAGUGUGAGUAGGCCAUUAAGGGGAAGGAUAUUUGUGAAAGAAUAUAGGCAACCUAUUAUUUAGAAAGACUUCACUUCUGUAAGGUGCUUGGCCUAUGUUUUUCUUUGAAAUUAGUAUACAUGCAUAAAACCUUAAAUCAUCAAUAUACAAAUUAUUCUGUUAAGGGACAUGUUUUUGUUCUCCAUAUUUCUGUUUCUAGUGAAAUAUGAGUUGUAUUUGUAUCACUGAGAUAACCUAUUGUUAUAUUCUAAUUCAUUGAUAAUAUGUUUUGUAAGAAAAGCUGACAUCCCUCAUUGCAAGUGAAGAACAGGUUUACCAUGAAAUGAAUGCCUUUAUUCAACAUUGAGUCCCAGUGUUUCUGAUUUCACGUUCUUGUUGCUGAGAUGCAGAAGCAGCAGCUACAGCAUGAGCAGAAGGAAGAUUCCUUACAUUUAAUGUCUCCAGUUGUAAGAAUUGUUUGGCUAAAGAAACAGUAAUCAUUCAGCUACUGAAUUUGAAAGCCUCAACAGUUUCAAUGACAAAUAUUAUUUUUGCUUUUAAAAAAUUAACCCCAAUGGCAUGAUAAGUUUUCAUAUAAAAAGUAAAGUUUCAAUUUAGCUUUUAAUAAUGGUUUAAUGCCUUUUUUGAAUAACUGGUUUAACCUAAAUUUUUUUUAAAUGUAAUGUAUUAGUGCAUAUACCAUAAGAAAAAGUUUGAAAUAUCCUGUUUCUUAAAUAAUGAGAACAUUAAUCACAUUUAGCAAGCAUUUGUACAUUCAAAUCUGGAUAUUAAAGUGAAAUGAUUACUUUGAAUCACUGUCUGCCAAGGUUCAUGAUUCACAUUUUGAGAUGGAUUCUUUUCUUAAUGCAAUACCUAACUUUUGAUAAUUUUUUAAAACUAAUACUUGAUCAGAUAAUGUAAGUCAAAAUGCAGACAAUCCUUUAAAAGGAUGCACUGUCUGUGUAUGUAGCAACAGUUCCAAAGUAUUUUUGGGCCGUUUGAUACGUUUUAUAUCAGAAGUAGCCUUAACCAGAAAAAUAAUAAUUUAAAAUUGACAAAAUGAUAUUUUUAAGACUUCAAAAUGAUAAUUUUUAACUAUUAAAAUUGGCCUCAAAUUAAUAAAUCUGUAAUUAAAUUAGAAUUAAAUAUGUUUAACAGCAAAAUGAAUUAUUUAUUUUUUAGAAGCUGCCUCUCUUCAUUGGUGAUUUAUUUUUUAAUUAUAAAAUUUCCAGUAGAUCUUUGCUUUAAGCCCUUGAUAUUUAACCUAGUUGGACACUUGAUGAGAAAGUUGCCUCUAGAAAUAUAAAAGUCUCAGCUUUAUGACAUGCAAAUGUUCAUGAAGGUAAUUUCUCUAAUUGGUGAUCAAAAUAUAAAAUUAAAGAAGGUACUAAUGUCUUACUGGAAGUAUAUAUAUAAUAUGUUUCUGAGUAAUUUUGAAAAAAUAAAACAGGUUCUUAAGCAGAUCCAUUCCUUUGCAUGUGAUUGUUAAUAACAUUCUUUCCCAGGGAGUUCAAUUUCAAUAACCUCAGAAAUCUGUGCUUGAUAUUAGGAAACUAUAAAUGUAACACCUGAAAUUAUUGUGUUCACUAUUCUACAUGAACCUUAGGAAAUUCAUGAUUUAUAUCUUUGUUUUUCUUUUUCCAUGUAUAUGCAGGACUCCCCAAUCUUGAUUUUAUAAUGGUGACUCCAUCUUGCAGGUGGAAUAACUUCUACCGAAAUCAUUUUGAAACACAAGAACAUUCAUCGGUACUGUUUUGCUCUGAUUUAAUAAGUCAGAAAGCCUCCCUCCAUCCCCAGCCCAACUUUUACACACCCACUUCUGGGAGGUGCCUCAGUAUAGACUUAGUAUCUGUGGAGGACUGAGUUCAUGAAUAUGCACAGAAGCACUUAAACCAUAUCUCUUAUUUCUAUAGUAUCUUAAAAUGACUUCAUAAAAGUUAGGAGAACACUACGUGAUGCUUCUUAACUCAUUUUUAAUGUUUAUUUUAAAUUUUAAAAACCUGUUGCCUAUUUGGUUUUCAGUACUGCAUAACACUGACUUUCUUAAAUUAGUCAUAUUUGCAAUAUUUUAUUUAAAUUUGGUAAUGUCACAUUUGGGUUGGGGUUUCAGUGAGAAUGGUAACUUGCCACUAGUGAGAAAUGGCAUUGAAUACUAAAGACUCAAUAUGAACAGGCUUUAUUUGAUCCUUAAAAAACUGUUGCCUUAAUGUUUCGUGCAAUUUCUAGUAGUACAUAAGUCAAUUCAGUCUUAUGAUAAGUAACUUGAGCUUUUUUAGCUUAGUAAGAAUUGUGGAAGCCACGUGUUUAUUGUGCCCAUCAUUUUACACAAAGAAAAAAGAGGAUUAUAUUAUUUCUUCUUCUAAGGAAGUAGGAGUUUUCUUCCUAAAAGUACUUAGAUAUUAUAGUACUAUUACUUAAAAGUUAUUUAUGAGGUUGGAAGCCUUCUAGUUUGCAUAACUAUAUUGAUGUAUUUUGAAAACAAAAUUGCAGUAAAGGAUGAGCUUCCAUCGGUGUGUAUAUUAUACCAGAUACAGAUGGUUGCAAGGAAACCUUUUCCCCCUACAGAGUAGUCUGUUAGUAACUGCUAAGUCCUAGCUUGCGUUUUUGAAAAUGGCUUUCGGCAUGUUGGCACCCAGACUUUCCUUUGUCAUAUUCUUUUAUAUUAACUGUAGCUUAUCAGAGAAGCUCUGUAGGUCUACACUGAAGUGUGUUCCCUUGGCUGUUCAAAUGGGGCCGGGUUUGGUUGAACUACUAUUCCAUAUAAAUGUUAGAACACAGUUACUUACUACAGAUUGAUUCACUGCAGGUGCUGGUGCAUGAGGCAGCCAAAAUGGAAUGCUAUGGAAAGCAUAUCUACAUUUUUUAAAACACUGAGACAGGAGUUAAAGACAGCUUUAAUAAUUUUUUUUGUUUACCACUUAAUCCUUAUCAACUUUGAUUUUAGUUAGGGCUUAGCUCAUGGUAGAAGAAAAGUGGAAAAUAACAAGUGCCCAUUUGUUUGAAGAAUCCAGAAUGUUUUAGCUUUGACUUUAUGAUUUACAGAAGCUUGGCUUUGCCCUAGGCUUCAUGUUCCCAAAUGAGCCAUAUGUCAGUAUAGUCACUUAAUUCUUAGUAAUUUCAGUUUCCUGUAAAGGAAACAACUUACACAUUGAUGCUUAAAUCCAGAAAGUGUAAAAGCUUUUCUUAAACUGUUAAAAUAUAGUGUCUGAUAUAAAGGAUAUAAGUUACUCAGCUUUCUGCUCCCUAAGCCAAUCAGUGUUUGUCUUCAGUGUGAAAUUUAACUGUAAAAACUACUUGUAAUGUCAAGAGAUUAUAGUACAUAUUAUUAAUAAAAUGGACCUGGGUCUAAGAUUUUUUUUUCUUCAAAGGGAGUGUGAAGCUGUUUAUUAUUCUGUUUGCAUAUGGGUUUUUCUUUUAACUUUAGUUUUUCAUGUUCAUAUUUCCACUGAUUUGAAAACACAAAAUUCAUUCUGAUAAUUUUGUUGCUUGUAGCAUAAUCAAGUGCAACCUACUUUUGACUAAAUCCCUUUGGAUUUAUAGCUGAGGAUAUUGUUAGCUAGGUUUUGUCAAUCUCUAAUCAUUUUUUUAAAAGCAAUGCUAUAUUUUCAGGAGGCACUGAGACUCCUGUGAACCUGAAGCAUUCCCUUUUGAACUUUGGAAGAUCCUCAAAGAUUGAACACUCUUGUGCUCUUCUAAUCACAAUUCCUUAACAAAUCAGAGUAAGGACCACUGAUAUAUAGAACACUCAAGCCAAAGAAUCAUCACAGAAAUUAGUAACUUUAGUUCUGUGAACAUGAAAAGAUUUCUUUUUUGGUUUCCAAAGGAGAUUAUUUUUCCACAAGGAAAAACAUUGUACAGAGACUCUGAAUUCCAACUCUUGAGUGAGAAAGAAAAGGAAAAAAAUCUGUUUUAUGGUGGCUUUCUAAGCAGCAUACAUACAUGUUUUUAAGACAAUCUAUUGUUGGCCAUGUUUUUCCUGAACACCACAAGCACCCUAGGAAACAUGUUUUUCCUUUAAAGUAAUCUUGUUCACAUAUCAGAAAAGGAGAUGAAAUGCUCAUACUGGCAUACAAGUUUCUAUAAGUAGUUGUCUUUUGAGCUACUUAUACUGUAUCCCUAAAAGCUCAUAGUGCCUUGUUGGGAUUUUUUUUUUCCAUGAAAUAGCCAUUAUUUUAAAUGAGUGGGAGAGGAUGUCUUUAGACAGAGGUUGUUCAGCAGUUCAAGGCUCUUCCUCUUCGAGAACAUGUCAGGAAUUUAGUUGUAUGUGAAAACACUGGUAAUUCUUUCCACAGUGUUGUUUUGGAUAAUCUGUUCUAGUAUAUUUAACUAAUUGUAUGGUAGACCUGUACUCUGAUACACAUCUAAUCAGUCAAUGGGAUUUGUAUGUUGCUUUUCAUUCCUACAUUUUCAUUCUACUGAACCAACCUAGUAGCCCUAAGUUGUGGCUUGAUGGAUGUGGCAUUGAGCCUCAAGACGCUCACUGCAUUCUUUUUGGAUGUUUGCUCACAAGCUCUCUGAGGAGCAGAACCUGUGGAGGUGGGGAGGCAGGUGGUUUUUAUUCCUAAUAUUGUGUGUCAGUCCUUUUUUGUGUGAUGGUGCCUUCAGAAUAACGAAUAUUUCUGUUCCUGGACGAUGAUUAAAUCUUGUGAGAAAUAUAUGUAGGUUAUAUUAAUUUUUGUCCUUUUUGCUAAGUCCUUUUUUGAAAUACUUUGGCUCUGAUACAACUUGACUUGAAUAAUAUCUUAUCCUGAGUCUUCCUCCAAGGCAGUACAUAUUCCUGCCAGUACUGUAGUAAUCCUUUGGGAACUACAUGUGGGUAAGCACUUGUAUGUAAGCCAUUAUAUUGCUGUAACUAAUGCAUACAAACAGUUCUUCUCUUUACAUUCAUGGUCUAAAAGGGGAUAUGCAGUGGGAAGGAAAAUUCCUGAGAGAUUCCAGCAUAGCUUUGUCAAUUCCGACUAAGCCAUACUGUUUUCCACAAGGGCUCAACACAUAGUCAAUAUUCCAUGCUUUCAGUGUAUGUUCAGAUUCUCCUCUUACUGGUUUUCUUAGACUGUACUGUUCUAUAAGCAAAUGCCCAUGUGUGAUUUUUAAGAUGUGCUGGGGAAAAAUAAAACAAUACCACAACCAUG